AGUCAUCUUUACCGACACAAAACAAAGAGCAGAGUGGUCAAGCGCUGACCUGACUCAACCACCCGCUUCACUUAAAAUAAUGGGCAAAAAGCACAAGAAACACAAAUCAGAGAAGCACACACACGACGAAUUCACGGAGCGUCCUCUGAAGCUGGUGUUAAAAGUGGCUGGGAAUGAAGUCACCACAGGCAGCCCUGGCCUUGAGACUGCAUAUAAUGACCAGGUAGACCAUGACAAACACAAAGACAAGAAAAAGAAGAAGAAAAAGAAGGACGAGAAGGACAGAGCCAGUCCUCCAGUAUCACCACUUGACAAAAAGAAAAAGAUGACCAAAAAAAGAAAGGGCCCAGAGCCUGUGGAUCCAGACUGGGAUGAGCACAGCAGAACUCCUGCUCACUCUGAUGUGUCCCAGGACAAGCCUCUGACCCCCUCACUUGCCAAAAUGGCAGAAAAAGAGCAGACUCCCCUACAAGAGGCCCUAAGUCAGCUCAUCCGACAACUCCAGAGGAAGGACCCCAGUGCAUUCUUCUCAUUCCCCGUGACGGACCUGAUCGCCCCAGGAUACUCUAUCAUAAUAAGGAAACCCAUGGACUUCAGCACUAUAAAAGAGAAAGUGAAGAAGGAGCAAUAUCGGUCACUGGAGGAGCUCAAGCUGGAUUUCAAAGUGAUGUGUGAAAACGCUAUGAUCUACAACAAACCAGAGACCAUUUACUACAAAGCAGCAAAGAAACUCCUUCACUCCGGCAUGAAGAUCCUGAGCAAAGAGAGACUGGACAGUUUAAAGCAGAGCAUAGAGUUCAUGUCUGGCCUGCAGAUGUCCACCGGUCAUUCAGCAGAGAAUGGAGAGAAUGAGGCCAGGACAUCAGGCCCUGCCAAAGUGAAAUCCUCUGUCAUGGACACAAGUGACAACUCACAGUCUCCCCGUGUAGGCAACAAAGACACUUUGAGAGACAGUAAAGAUGACGCUCAGAAGAGCCAAGCAGAGAAAGACUUGGAGGAGAUUAAGAAGAUUAUUGAGGAGUCUGGAGGGAAACUCUCAAGCAGAAGCCUUCAGUGUGAGCUGGAGUUUGAGAGAAGGACAUCUGAUGGUUUAACCACUCUGGGCAUCCUAAACCCUGCUGACCUGAGCGCUGGAGAUCCAGGAUACUGCCCAGUCAAAUUGGGCAUGAUGGGAGGUCGGCUGCAGACUGGAAUAAACACCCUUCAGGGUUUCAAAGAGGACAAGAGAAACAUGGUCACUCCUGUUGCCUAUAUGAAUUACGGCCCCUUCACCUCAUAUGCUCCUACAUAUGACUCCAGUUUUGCCAAUAUCAGCAAAGAAGACUCCGAUCUCAUUUACUCCUUUUAUGGGGAAGACAGCAGUCAGCCAGAAUCUGAAAGCAUUGCAGAUUACCUUGCUAAAUCUGAGGAGCACAUGAGCAGAUUAGCAGAUAAUGUCCUGGAUGCUUUGACGAGCGGAGAACAUUCAAAAAAACUGAAAGAGACAGAAAGUAAUAAUCUGCCAACAGAAGAGCCUGCAGAGAAAGCAGACACAACAGAUGAUGCUGAGGUUGUUGCGUCAGAACCCAGCAGUGCUGAUAGCGUAACUCCACUCACAUCUGUAGGUUUGAAUUCUGACCUGCUUCCCGAGAGCUUUGACUCAGAAGAAGCAGAGCAUUUCCAACAGAAGCUGGAUGAGACGACGCUGUUGCUGAGGGAGCUGCAGAAGGUUCAGAAAGAGAGACUAAGUGCUAAACAGCCACCAAACAUCAUCUGUCUGCUGGCUCCCACUGCCAAAGAGCUGCAGCUUGCGGAGAAAGUUACGGGUAACCUGGCUCAGCUGACCAGUCAGGUGACCCCUGCUGACGUGUGCAGUGUUUAUGGGAUCAGAAAGGCCAUGGGGGUCUCUCUUCCGAAUGCUCAGGAUCCAUUCAUACACCUGACCACAGUGGGAGAUCUGAGUGAACCCAUGGAGGGAGUGUGUUGAUCUAUCAUCAAUGCAGGCUGUCUUUCUGCUUAGUCCGGAUCACACCUUCCCCCAAUUCUUCUUUGUAUUUUGUUCCAUUUAAAUAAACGUCCUUCUUUUUAAAAAA